AUGUUUAGCUUCGGGGGCGACGUCCGGUUGAGCCCAUUUGGAUUGCAUUGCACAUUAUCUGCCGUGCCUCUCUCGUCUCUUCUGUAUGGCAGUGGCGGCGAAUGGCGUUGGUCGUGGAGCAGAGUAGCGGUCUGUUUUGAUCGUGAAAUCGUCAAAGCUAUUCUGGAGAAAAUGUUGAUACAAGAUCUCCAUACUCGUCCGGCGAUAAACCUACAGCAACAGGCUCUAUUGGUGAUAGACUUGCAUAGUGGCGGCGUGUGUUGUUAG